AUGGCACCAAGGAUUUUCCAGCUUACGGCUGUGCAUCCAGCAACCUCUGCUCCAAUAACGACAGCAGCUGCACCAACCACAACAACUGCUGCUCCAACCACACCCACAUCCAACCAAAACGGCUGUGACAACAACCACAACAAAAGCUGCUCCAACCAUAACCACUGUGGCACCAACCACAACAACACAGCUGCACCAACCACAACAACUGCUGCUCCAACCACACCCACAGCUGCCCCAACCACAACCACAUCUGCACCAACAGCAGCUGCACCAACCACAACAACAGCUGUUCCAUCCACACCCACAGCUGCCCCAACCACAACCACAUCUGGUCCAACCACAACCGCUAACCACACCUGCACCAACCACAACAGUAGCACCAACCACAACAACAGCUGUUCCAUCCAAUACAACAACUGCUCCAACCACAAUCGCUCUGCUUCAACCACAACAACAGGUAGUGCAACCACAAUCACUGUGGCACCAAACACAACCACAGCAGCACCAACUACAACAACAACAACAACAACUGCUGCUCCAACAACAACAACAGCUGCUCCAACCACAACAACAGCUGCUGCAACCACAAUCACUGUGGCACCAACCACAAUCACAGUUGCUCCAACCACAACCAUAGCUGCUCCAACCACAACAACUGCUGCACCAACCACAACAACAGUAGCACCAACCACAACAACUGCUGCUCCAACCACAACAACUGCUGCUCCAACAGCAACAAUUGCUGCUCGAACAACGACAACAGCUGCACCAAACACAACCACUGUGGCUCCAACCACGACCACAGUUGCUCCAACAACCACAAUCACCUCUCCAACCACAACAUCAAAUGCUCCAACCACAGUCGCUGUGAUGACAACCACAACUACAUCUGCUCCAACCACAACCACUGUGGCACCAACAGCAACAACUGCUGCUCCAACUACGACACCCAGAUGCUCCAACAACAUCAACAGCCUCACCAACCAUAACAUCACCUCUAACAUCAGCUGUUGCCCAGACCACAAUAUCUGCUUCUACAGCAUCAUCAACAACAACAACAACUACUCCAAUUCCAAGCACUGCGUCAACAACCACAACAACAGCUGCAAAAACAACCACUUCCGCAACAACCACUACAAUGUCUUCAACAACAAAAUCAUCUACAACGACAACAGCUGCGACAAAGACCACUUCUGCAACAACCACUACAAUUUCUUCAACAACUAA